AUGGUUCUUAGGAGUCACCCCUUCCCCAGGCUAGAGAGGCCCCAAGGGACAGCCCCAAGGGCAGCUCCAGAGAGCCCUAGAGAGCCCUGCACUUCCACAGCCUCGGAGAACAGGGAGUCUGGUCCUCUCCCUGAAGGGGCCAUCCCUAGUCUCGAGGACAGCCAUGGCUCCCCAGCUGGGGUGGCUACAGGGGCUGGCACGGGAGGCCUGGCUGAGGCAGGAUGUCAGCUGCAGCUCAGAAGCGCUGAGGCUAACGAGGCUGCAGUGCCCAGGGCCCCAGCUCCGCUGUCGCUGUCGGAGCAGAGGAAGCCUGGCCCUGCACCCGUUCCCUCUGCCCGGCGGGACCCACAGCCUGUCCCCAGGCCACGGAAACACAGUGUGUGUGAACUAGCCAAGAGCUCUGAGCUGAAGGUCAGCCAGGCGGCCCCAGGAGAGGCGCCAGGGAAGAGGCCCAGCCCUGCGGGCAGCAGGGAGGCCCUCACAGAGGAGCAGAAAGAGGCCCGCAAACUCAUGGUGUUUCUGCAGAGGCCUGGGACCUGGGGGGUGGUGGAGGGGCCCCGGAAGCCCAGCUCCCCUGCCCGGGAGCCGGCUUCGGCAGCAGCCCUGCAGCGGCGGCUGGACCUGGGCAGCUGCCUGGAUGUCCUGGCCUUUGCCCAGCAGCACGGGCAGCCCGUCCUGGCCCAGGAGACCUAUGCUUUGAUGAGCGACAAUCUGCUGCACGUGCUGGGCGAUCCGAACCUCUACCGGCAGCUGAGUGGGGCCGACCGGGAGCGCAUCCUGAGCCUUCGAACUGGCAGGGGCCAGGCCGUGCUGGGGGUCCUCGUGCUGCCCAGCCUAUACCAGGUGAGCCGUUCAGGGCUCACAGGGGGCCCUCGAGUGGAGGAGGCUCCCGCCACAGGUCCUGCGCCCCUGCCGCCUCCAUCGCACCUGCACGUGUUCAACCCCCAAGAGAACACCUGGCGGCUCCUGACCCAGGUGCCGGAAGAGGCCCCGCUGCGGGGCUGUGGCCUCUGCACCAUGCACAACUACUUGUUCCUGGCAGGGGGCAUCCGUGGCUCCGGCUCCAAGGCCAUCUGUUCCAAUGAGGUCUUCUGCUACAACCCUCUGACCAACAUCUGGAGCCAGGUGCGGCCCAUGCAGCAGGCCCGGGCCCAGCUCAAACUGGUGGCCCUGGACGGGCUGCUCUACGCCAUCGGUGGCGAGUGCUUGUACAGCAUGGAGCGCUACGACCCCCGCACAGACACCUGGACCUCACGGGCGCCCCUCCCCGCAGGCACCUUCCCUGUGGCUCACGAGGCUGUGGCCUGCCGUGGGGACAUCUAUGUCACUGGGGGCCACCUCUUCUACCGCCUGCUCAGGUACAGCCCGGUGAAGGAUGCUUGGGAGGAGUGCCCCUACAGCGCCAGCCACCGGCGUUCCAGCGACAUGGUGGCACUGGGGGGCUUCCUGUACCGCUUUGACCUGCUGCGGGGGGUGGGUGCCGCCGUGAUGCGCUACAACACCGUGACCGGCUCCUGGAGCAGGGCCGCCCCCUUGCCCCUGCCGGACCCUGUCCCGCUGCGCUGCACCGUGCUGGGCAACACCAUCUACUGCCUCAACCACCAGGUCACGGCCACCUUCACGGUCUCCGAGGGGACGGCCCAGUUCCAGGCCAAGGAGCUGCAGCCGUUCCCCCUGGGGAGUAAAGGGGUCCUCUGUCCGUUCAUCCUGACUCUGCCCGCCUCGGACCCGCUACAGACUUCCCUCUGAGCUGCGCCAGGACUGCGUGCCCCUCUUCAGGCAGACUCUGGGCCAGGCUGUGAGGCGGGUGGGGUAGGGGAAAGGGGCUGCUCUUCUUUCUGGGACAACUUUCCUUUUCUGUUACAAUGAGCCUCCUGUCUGGCCCUCCUUCCCCUCCUGCGAGAGCCAGGCUCCCUGUGCCUGGAAGCUGGUGGCGGGCGUCCCUACCACACCCACGUGCCUCCUGCUUUAUUACUGAGUCCUGGCUCCGUACCUCAGCUUGCUCUCAGGAACCCUCCUCGGGGCAAAGGACUCCCACCGGCCAGGCUCCUGUCACAGCACCAACCACACUGCCUGGAAAUUGCCAGGGACCCCGGCGUCCCCCUGAACCGGACUUGGCUGGCUGAGGAGUCGGCAACUGCUGAGCCCAGGAAGGAGAUGGCUUCCCUAGGGCUCCCAGCUAGGCAAGAAGCCCAUGAGGGGCUGGAAGAGGGAAGAGGGAACAGGGAACAAAGAAGUCUCCAGAAAAACGUGCUAGCCUCUGGGAUUUUCUGCCCGUCCUGAGGCCUUGGGGAACCUGGCUUGGCUGUUCCCAGAAACAACUCUUAGGUCCCCUUUGUCUGAAACCCUUGUCUGUGACACUGCUCUGCUGUCUGGAGCCCCUGCCCAUAACCCCAGCCUAGACCAGGACUGCUGGGGCUCAUGUCCUUCUGCAGCCUUGUGGAGUCUCUCCCACCUGCUCAGCCCCUCCAUUUCCCACCCCACCUCCCACUAACUCUCUUCUUACAUGAGACCUGGGCGCACCCCAGCUCUGCCUCUUAUUAGCUGUGGGACUUGGGCGAGACAUCUGUCUUCUCACCUGUGAAGGGGGUAUAAUGGGCAUGUCACUCAGGGGAAUUCUGAGAACAUAGGGCACAUAUCUGAGCACCUGGCACAGCCCACUUUGGAACCCUCCACAGGAAGGAAAAUA